AUGUCAUCAUCAUUUUGCUAUCGAAUUCUUCCAGAAGAGUUGAAAAACUCGGUUUUAUCAUCUGUCAGCUUGAAAGAUGUUCAAGAGCUCUACAAAGUCAAUAAAAAUCUUCAAACGAAAAUUCUUAACGAACCAUUGCCGAGAAAAAUCAGCAAUCUUGGUAUUUUUGUUGUUGACGACGAGGAUCCGCUUAAGAUUUCGCUUUUCGUGAGUCUCAAUCGAGAGAUCGACUUCAGGAUUUACGAAACGACCGUUCACCUCGUGGAAGAGCUCAACGAGAACGAGAUUCCACUCAAAAUCUCUCCGCAAACUUUCUGGGAUUUUCUGAAACCGAUCAUUUCCAUCAAAUUUUUCGAGCUUCUCCUUCACAGUUCAAUCGAGAACGCUCCACUCUACUCAAGUUCUUUAUACAAAAAUUUUGAGAACGGUAACUUUCUACCAAAAGCCAGUCACAUCUCGAGUUUAUCUCUUCGCACAACAACAAAAUAUGCGAAUACAAUCUUUUCCAAGUUUGACGCUAAAAUUGUGAACUUUUUAAAGCUCGGAUUCAACAUUUUCGAUGAACCGGAUGGAGCAAUUGGUGAAUUUCUGAGCACUGCCCUUCAGAAACCAAACGUUAGGACUUGUAAAGCGAUAACUUGGCGUUUCUCGAUGGUUUCAAUUGAUCAACUAGCGAUUUGUGACUCAAAAUUGUUAAUCAUUGAAGAGAUUUGGAAUGAAAACUUUCAACAAACCAUUGAAAAGAUUAUUGCUGAGAAUUUGGGCAAAGAAAAGGAGACAAUGCUUUUGUUUUACUAUCGAGUUUAUGAAGACGCGAUUUUCCAGGAUUGGUUUGAAGAGUUGAGAAGUUCGAUUCGAAAUCAAAAAUGUGAGGAAUUAGAGCAAGAAUCGGAGAGAAUUGAGUACAUGAAUGAGAUUUGGAAAAAUCUCAGAGAUGAGCUGAGAAACGUGGAGACUUGUGAACAAAAGGAUUUC